AUGGGGCUAAGUGGUCUGGAGUUUGUGUGGAUUCUUGUAACGUCAAGUAGGAACGCUACUGCUCUGGACGACGAGGGCGGUGGCAACAACAUUUAUGGCCUAGGUGCCGUCGUCAGUCACGCUAUAAGUCAUGAACAUGCCGGGGAGAGACUUCUUCAGGAGAAGAAGAUGCGAUCGCUUAAACAAGGACUUCAUUCGCCUGACGUUUCGAAUUCUGCUGCGGAUUCAUCAUCAGAGACAGUAACAGAAACGGCUCUGCAAGCAAAGUAUGAAAACUGGAAGCGGCAAAUGAAACGCAGGAAAAGGUUGAGAGUUGAGGAGGAGAGGAAGGAGGAAGAGGAGGAGUACCAGCCUUCCACCAAGCGAAUUAGCAGUGCCGUUCUG